AUGCAUAUUACUGUCACUGUCAGAGCAACCAACACGAAGAAAACAAAAUACAAAAAGCAACCCGCUGUUAUUGAAGUACAGCGACUCUUGGGAAAGCCAAUGCAGGAGAAAGAGAUUCUUGACUCGCAGAUACUGACCCUCGAAAUGCAGCUAAAGGGUCUAAGGGAUAAACGAAGGAAGGUUGACAAAACCAUAUCUUGCUACAAUAACGUCAUGUCGCCAAUUCGCCGAAUUCCUGCGGACAUCUUUCGUGAAAUAUUCUUUCACUGCGUCGACAACGACUGUGAUCAUGACUUAUCUACGACUAGGGCACCAAUGCUCCUCACUCAUGUAUGCAGCUUCUGGAGGUCCAUCGCACUGUCAUCACCCCUUUUGUGGGCCAGGAUGCACAUUACUUUCAACUGCACGCGUCCGAAAUACGACGACGCACUUUCAUCCUCAGACGACUUGAUGGACAGUUCCAAAGUUGAAUCUCAUAACCAACCUACCAGCACACAGGAUGAUUCCAAGAGUUCACAUCUCUCGCGAAGGUUACUAAUGGACCUGGUUGUCGAAGCACACCGAUGGCAGAAUGUUGAAUUGACGAUGCCGGUACAAAAAUAUGCCACAUUAGCUGCUGCUAUCGGUCGAAUGCCACUGGGAAAUCUCGCUACUUUACGAGUAUCUCAUCAUAAUCAAGGGGAAUGGGAUAACUAUCUAAUCCACCCACGGGAUAUCCCUAACUCUGAACUUGUCACUCCUGACUUGAAAAGGUAUUCGCUCCAUGUGCCUCCUGACUUCAUAACAAAGGUGGCUUCUCCUUGGGCAACGCUCACUCAUUUAUCGCUGCAUUCGUACAUAUCUACUUUGGAAGCUUCAAAAACACUUGCCCAAUGUUUUCGCCUUGUUCACUUGAAGAUGAUUUUAGUUCCAACCGUAGCAGAGUGGAACGGUAAUGAUGUUUUGUAUCCACCUUUGCAUCUUCCUGAACUGCGGGCAUUGUAUGUUUCGGAUCAAGCCUCAAAUAUUCUCUGUAGUUUCUACGACAGUUUCGUUGUCCCUCAACUUGAAGUUCUGUCAUAUCAUUCAAAAUCCUCCUCCUCCUCCACCCCACACAAUGUGAACUCGGUUGCGGGUGGGCUGGGUCAUCAUCUACAGGCCAUCCAUAAUCUAACUCAGCUUGUUUCCGGACCAACCUUCCAAGCACAUGUUAAUUUAGCGGGUCAUGUUUCUGCUAAUCCGCAGGUCCAUGCUCCGGCCCAUGCUGCGAACCAUCCAUCUCUUAAUCCACCUAUGCAUGCUCCUGCUAAUCCGCCGGGUCAGGCCAACCAAGCUAACCCUCUAGGUGUCAAUAUACCAACCCAUGUUCCUCAGGUUAAUCCGCCUGUUACUCUCACUCACGCUCCCUUUGUCAAUAACCACCGAACACCCCCCAUUUGCAGGCUUAUCUCAAAGGCCGAUAAAUUGUGGAAGUUAUCGCUCAGUACCCAAUUCUUUACCAAUGCAGAGGUCUCUGAAAUUCUUUGUACGGCAAGUUCUGUGAAACAUCUGGUCUAUGGAAUCUCAACACCCCCGACUACCAACCAGUGGGGCAGACGAUUACCAUUAUUGUAUACAUAUUAUGAUGACGACUUAUCUGACACCAAGUGGAAUUUUAGGGAUGUGUUUAUUGAUACAGUUGAACCCCUCUUAACCCAUACCUCUCGGUGGACGGCUCAGGGUAUGGGUUAUCAGGGGUUAUGGGUUUCAGGAGGUAUGCUAAAAACAGGCCUGAAAAUUCGCGAAAAAAUCGUUAAAAAUACACAAAAAAUUCCUCGAUGA